UGGCUGCCGUACCCCGGGCUCACGCUCUCGCCAGUUCCGUGUGCGCGCAGUGUCUAUUGAAAGAGCUGUUCCUCUUGUAUCUAUUUCCUUUUCCGCUUAUGGCUACUAAAGCUUUUCUACCAAAUUGUAGGGACAGAAAAGUGAGGGGCACGUGAAUGCUAAUUGUGAGGAACUCUAAAGCGAACCCCAUUGUCACCCCUGCUACCCAGGGUAACGGGACGUUGCCAGCGCCCCGAGUGCCCGGCUUCCCCGGUCAGUGUGUCCUGAGUCUGCGUCCUGCGCCCCGCUGUGUCGGGCUGCCUUCCGCUGACCUGGCUCCCGGGGCCUCUGCGGGCGGUUCCGCUGCGGCGAGCGGUGGUGCGGCGGGCGCUCCGGUGCACGGGCUGGCCUGGGGCGUGCCCGGGGGGCUGGGGGCUUGGGAUUGCCGGCUCCCGGGGGUGGGCCGUCUUCACCUGGACCAGGUAACCCACUUCCCAGAGCGGCGUGUGUGCAGGAAGAGUCUGACCCAUCUCUUCAAGCUCUUGAGUCCCGCCAAGAUGAUAUUUUAAAACGUCUGUAUGAACUGAAGGCUGCAGUUGAUGGCCUUUCCAAGAUGAUUCAGACACCAGAUGCAGACGUGGAUGUAACCAACAUAAUCCAAGCUGAUGAGCCCACUGCUUUCUCGACCAGUGCAUUGGACUUAAAUUCAGUGCUCGGAACGGAUUACGGGGCACUGAAAGACAUCGUGAUCAACGCGAACCCCGCCUCCCCUCCCCUGGCCCUGCUCGUGCUGCACAGGCUGCUGUGUGAUCACUACAGGGUCCUGUCCACCGUUCACACGCACUCCGCAGUCCAGAGUGUGCCUGAAAACCUCCUCAGGUGCUUUGGCGAGCAGUCUAAAAAACAGCCCCGUCACGAAUAUCAGCUGGGUUUUACUCUGAUUUGGAAGAAUGUGCCGAAGACUCAGAUGAAGUUCAGCGUCCAAACAAUGUGUCCCAUCGAAGGAGAAGGGAACAUUGCACGGUUCCUGUUCUCUCUGUUUGGCCAGAAGCAGGAUGCUGUAACUCUAACCCUCAUAGAUAGCUGGGUGGAUAUAGCGAUCUUUCAGCUACAAGAGGGAAGCAGUAAAGAGAAAGCCGCCGUGUUCCGCUCCAUGAACUCCGCUCUCGGGAAGAGCCCCUGGCUUGUUGGGAAUGAACUCACCGUGGCUGAUGUGGUCCUGUGGUCGGUGCUGCAGCAGGUGGGAGGCUGUGGUGGGACCGUGCCGGCCAACGUGCAGAAGUGGAUGAGGGCGUGUGAGAACCUGGCCCCCUUCAACACGGCCCUCAAGCUCCUCAAGUGAAUUUCAGUAACUGCAAGAGGUUGACUUCGAGAACGGUGCUGUUUCAUGCCUGUUGUGGGUGAAGGAACUUGUACUAAAAUCAGUCUAUUUCAGCCAGUUGCCUAGAAUCAAUAAAGGCAUCAUAUAAUU